AAUACUUGGGUUCAAAAAAGUAUGACAAAACUUUCCCGCCAACCUAAUAAUCAGGAAGUGAUUUCAGACGACUCGUUCAAUGAUAGCUGCAGUGGUUCGCUGAUUUCUCCACAUCAUGUGCUCACCGCAGCACACUGUGUGACCAACUACAAUCCUAUCUCGGUGGCUCAGGAAUGCAUGGGAGAACUGCCCGGUUACUCGCCAUCCAUAGUUAAGCCAAAAUACUUCAAAGUAUUCGCUGGAGUUAAUUGCAGCAUUGUGGAGACAUGUCAAACCCCGUAUGAGGUCAAGGAGGUUAUUGUUCACGAGAAAUGGAACCGAUGCAUCAAAUCAGAUAUACACUCUAUUCAAACACAACAAAACGACUUGGCUAUCGUCGAACUCACGAAAAAUAUCAGCCGCAAGGAAGCUCGUGCCAUUUGUUUAGCAAGUCGAACCCUUAAACUAGCAAGUAUGCUACGAGGUGCCGGAUCUGGAAUGGAU